AUGAUGUGCGCUGAGUUUGAACGAGGGGCCUACAUGCCCAAUUCAUCAGGGGAACAAGUGUCCACUUACACAGCUUCAGACUUUGACCUGCCGACUUAUCAAAAUCUGCCUGUGGUUACUGAUGAUGUUGUUUUUUCCAGUAAGUAGGAUUCGAAUUGAGAAGAAAUGUUUUAAUUUCGGUUUCACUCUCCUGUUUUUUAGAUCCAAGUUUUAUGUCAAAUGAGAUCGAACAGAUGAAUUCGAAUCUGAAUGGUCGUCUAAACCUCACGGACGAUCCAAAUCUGAGUUCGAUCAUUUUGAAUGAUGGUAUGGUUCUUUCCACGAACAACAAUUUAGUAACGUCUUCAAAGGAUGAAUUUGUCAACAUCGAGCCUAUGGCCAGAGAUCGCUGCAAUACUUGGCCGAUGAGAAGGCCCGCCGAGAUGAACCAAACUCUACCAAUGUCUCAAGAUAAGAUCGACGAGGAAAUGUAGGACACAAUGAGUUUUAUAAAAUAUUUUUGUAGAAGUUCGUCGAACUCGUCUUUGCAAAAGGAUGACGGAUCUCUUGAUGAAUAUAUGCCUCAGUAAGUCAAAACAAAAAAUAAACGAAAACGGUCCUCAUUUAUUUACAAGGAAAAAAGUUUUUUAAAGUGUUGAGGUUGUAUCUAUCAGAAGCUUUAUAAAUUGUUGUUUAAAAGUUGUUUGUUUUCAGGUUUCUUUUUUGUAAAUAGGGUGCAAUUAUUUUUUUUUGUAGUUUUCUAUGCAAUUGAUGAAUGAACUCUUUUAGGCACAGGGUUCGUCGACAAAGUCUCUACAGUCAAGGAAGUCCGGAAUCAGAAAUCGACGAUCCUGCUUGCAAGAAGUCGAACAGUCGUCGAAAUGCUUGGGGAAAUAUGUCAUACGCCGAUUUGAUUACUCAAGCUAUCUUGAGUUCUCCAGAAAAGAGACUGACCUUGUCCCAGGUUUAUGAAUGGAUGGUUCAGAAUGUCCCAUAUUUCCGUGAUAAGGGCGAUUCCAACAGUUCAGCGGGUUGGAAGGUGAGUUUUUUUUUGUUACGUAUUAAGUUAAUUAUUUGUGACUGAGAGUUAUACGUUAGUUCAAAGAAAUGUGUGGAACGGUAGAUUCUAUCGAAGGGUUUUUUGUGGAGAGGUUUGUGAGGCUAGUAGAAGAUGCUGUUAAUACGUUGGGGUCGAUAAGUAAACGUUUGUUCUGUUUUUCUUGACUAGACAUGGCUCGUCGGCCGCCCCAGGCCGAAAAUCUCGCCCGUCCCAUGGGCCGGAAGGGUUCCGGCCGGCCCAGCCCGUUUCAAAUUUUCCGUCGGCCCGGCCCGUUGAAACAAGUGUCUCCCCAAGUCUAACUCCUUAUGACCAUAUUUUUUCUAUCAUCAUGUAAAUGGAUAAAUACUGUGUUCCGUAGCUGUCUAAAAACAAAAAUACCUUUAAAAAACCAAUUGUGCAAUUGGUUUUUUAGACACAAUUGCAAUUGUGUCUUGGCAUUGCGUUUUAUUUUCAUUAGCAAACGCAAUUCUCGCUUCGAGAUUCAGGAUUGUAACUAUUCCGGGCCGGCCCAGCCCUGGAGCCAUGUCUAUUCUUGGCAGACUUUUUUUAUUAGGGAAACGUGGGGGUUUUCUUUAAUUCGUCUCCUAAUCGACAGCGAGUUUUUUCCUUUCCGUGGUCAAAGAAGCCGGGUCUUGGUGGUCAUCAGUGCCAUCGAGGCAAAGUCGCCAUUGCAAUUCGGCAUUCUUGGAUUUGUCACGAGCGGUUUCUGAAUUCCUUUUCAUGUCAGUCCGAGUAAAAAGGCCGCGGUUUUGCCCUGGAGAAAUUUGUAUGAGAGGGAAGGGAACACCGCAUCUGUUUUUUUUCGUCGAGAAUUAGGAGAGAGAAGAAAGGGAGCAAAAUGAGGAACGGGGUGAGGAAGAGGGAUCAGACGGAAAGGAAGAAGGAACGGAGGACCCGUGCGUGGACGUGGUGAGCACGGGGCUGUCUGCUCGUUGGUCUCCCUCUUCGUUUUUUUGGGCGCUGUCCACUCCUGCCAUUCGGAGCCAGUCUGUGGCCGGUCUUUCGUUCGUAUUCGCUCCCGGCGCUUUCUUUCCGUUCGCAUUCAGUCCCGCCUUUUGUUCCAUAUAGGCGAGAUCUUUACCUCCUCCUUUUACCGCUUUUCCGAACACCUCACCCAAUUUUCAUUCUUUUACUUCCGGCGACUUCUUUUCAAAGCUCUUUGAGAUUCGAGUUUAUUCGUUGUUCCGAGUAUUAGUUUACUGACUAAAAAUUCUUCAUUCCUUGCUUGUACAGCAUAAAUUGUGAUGGAUGAAUUGGACGAUCUUAGUACAGAAAUGCGUGGGCGUUGUUAUACGUGGCCCAUGCAACAAUACAGCAUGUCUCAGGCACUGGUCCCUUGCCCCAGUCAUGGACUCUCGGUUCAAGAUGCUCCAAGCAGUUCUUACCAGUCGAUGACCUCCAUUUCGAGCUCGAUGUGCACGGGCUCUCUUUCCCAUGGUCUUCCGUCCGUGGCUUCGUUAGACCCUUGGGUAUCCACAUCAGAAUCCCAGCUAUUCCCUUACGGUUAUCCACACCCCCAGCCUUCAACGUCUGGUUCAAUGUUACAGAUCCAUGAUUUAGUUCCUCCACUUCGGAAGAAACGGAUUCGGAGAAGGAACCCUGAUUCAAUUCCACAAAAAAAACCAAAUCCUUGGGGGGAGGAUUCGUAUUCUGAUUUGAUAGCCAAGGCCUUAGAGAGUGCACCUGGAGGAAGAAUGAAGCUGAACGAGAUCUACCAAUGGUUUUCUGACAAUGUUCCAUACUUCAAGGAACGGUCUAGUCAGGAACAUGCUGCUGGCUGGAAGGUAUAGAUCUAUUUUUAAAUUACCUGGGGUUAGGUUAGGAGGAAGCUUUUAAAUCUGUCUUUUUUAAUUAAUUCGCGUAUUUUAGAACUCGAUUCGGCACAAUCUCUCUCUUCACAGCCGCUUUAUGCGAAUUCAGAAUGAAGGGGCUGGAAAGUCAUCUUGGUGGGUUAUCAAUCCGGAUGCCAAGCCCGGUAGAAAUCCGAGAAGGCGAUCGGCGACAAUGGAGACAACAACGAAGGUUUGUGAUGUUCUUUAAUUUUGCGCUGUAUGUAAUAUUUAAAAUAUUACUUAGGGAAGUACCCAAGUCCGACGCUCAGUUUUUGAUGAAAACUUUGCAAAAAUUUAGAAUAAUUUUUUUCUAAAAUAUAUGCGAGAAUCCUGGGUCACGUUUUGCAGAAACAACCGAGAUUUUUAGAUCCAAAGUUGGCGAAAGUUUGACACUUUUGCCGAAUUUCAGCACGAGAAGUUUCAUGCCUAUUUCUAUUAGGUUGUCCCACAAAUAAUGUCGUUUUUCAAAAGAUUUUUUGUACAAAGAAAUUUACCGUAAUAACGAAGAUAUUUUUGAUCAAAAUAGUCCCCAUGUGUUAUACCACGCUAUUGCAACGUGUUGAAAGCAUUUUUUUUGCCAGUGGCUUUGAAACCCCGGCUUCUGGAGCCGAUGAAACUUUUGAAGGCCCAUUCAACAGGGUCUUGAUUGAUAAAUUCCCUACCACGGAUGAAACCCAUUAGACUCUUGGUAAGGUAGCAAUCUGUUUAAGACAUGUCUAGCGAGUACUCCGGACGAAGGAGAGUCCCGUAUCUCCAUUAACUCAACUUCUGGAGCGUCGUCUUUACAACGUGGGGUUGCGCAUCGCCGCCUAGAACUUUUGGAAUUCCGCGGCGUGUUUUUAAAGGCAUAUUCUGCCAUAAGCUGUCUAUCUGAAUACAACGGUACCCAGCAUUUACAUUUUGGCCAAUUUUUGACGAGCUGUAUGGUGAGAUACCCAUGCUGCACCAUCCAGCAGUGCCCAUCACCUUGUUUAUGGGGGGGUCGCUUUGCCAAGUUCCGUGUUGGUACCCUCAGGGGACUCGAUUGGGCACAUCUGGUUGUCGUACAGGAUCUGCUCUUCAUCACGGCUCACGAUCCGAUCUAGAAAACCCGGCUCUUCGGAUUGUAAAAGCAACAAACGUGACACCUCCAUUCUGUGGUUCGGUCCAUUAAUAUGGGAAAAAGCUGCCGAGCAUUUUGUUGAAUUCCAUCGACUUCCAACGGUUAGCCGACGAUUAUUUUAACACCCAGACGAUGUCAGAGACGCGUCGGAUGUUGAUUCUAGGAUAUCUGACAACUAAUGGCCCCAGGGUAAAUUCAUAAAGUUCAGAAGCUGGACUUUAUCUUUGAGUCCCUCACCGUCAGAUCGAAAUUUUUUGAACCAUCGUUUCACCGUGUUCAGACUCACAUCAGACUCGCCGAACACGCCGUUGAUAUUUUGUGUAACUCCUGUAACUUUCAUACCCUGUUUUUGCAGGUACAACACGGCGACACGAAUCGACUUUUUUCCCAUAAUUUUGGAUUAGGGCUAAAUUACUUUAAUUUGAUCCAAAUAUGGCAAAUAAUAUAUCGAACGAAAGCUUGUGUUCUCGACUACAAAACUGUGCAAUAUUGCGAAAUUUUAUAGUCGUUUACCUUUUUUAUAGACUGUGGAAACUGCCCCUCUCGAAAACGACAUUAUUUGUGGGACAACCUAAUACUAUAGAGGGUAAUGUUUCCACAAAAAAAAAACAAUUUUUACCGCACGAAAAUAGCAAAGUUAUGGCCAAAAAGUUUUUUCUCUGACCGCUGUCCGCGUUUAGCGUACUCUCUGCGACAAAGAUCGUUCAAUAUCUCGGAGGUGCUUGCUAAAACUUUCGGGAAUUGAUACUUAGUCCAUGCCAGACGUGUGCGCAAAACUUAAAGAAAUUUUGAGCGUCGCACUUGGAAUACUUGUUAGCGUGAUGACCUAAUAUAACGGGUUUAUAAAAUUAUAUGGUUGCCUAAGUGCGCGAUCGAAAGUAUGGUUCUUUUGAAACAUGUCUUAUGUUCUAAUUGCAGACGAUUCUGGACAAGAAACGCAGAGGCGUAAGAAAGCGUAUGGACAUGGUUAACGAGUCGUCGCUCUCGUCGCUGAAUGAAUCGGCCCAAUCUCAACGAGACUUUUUGGACCGCGAUGAGGGAUUGGGUGCUUCUGAUUACGAGCCCUUCCGUUCAAGAACCCAAUCAAAUGUAUCCAUGCCAGGCCAGAGAAUGACCCCUCCUAUGGAGGGGUUCGAAGAUUAUAAAUUUCCGCCGUGGUCCGGCCAGCAGAUCUCCCAACCAGCAAGUGGUGCCACGAUUAAUGAUCUUUUGGAUAGAACUGACCAGAUUCGCUUGGAUACCGAAGAAUUCAGGCAGAUGAGGGCAAGCGGUCAGUUGGUGCAUCCCGUAAAGACAGAGCAAAAGGUAAGUAGACGGGCUUGCAGGUGUCCGCUUCUGGAUUAAAAAUCUUGUUAAAUUUUUUUAGCAUCAGAAAACUUAUCUUUCCUACAUUAUUCCUUUGCAGAAUGAGCCGCCAUCCAAUCAGCAACCUUUCUACCAGGAAUUGUGCGUUGUGAGGGGCCCGGACAAUCUACAGAAUCCAUUAUUAUGCAAUCAAUUCUCGAUGUCCGCCUCCAGCGCUCCAAAGCCGGCUUCAAUGCAAUGGUAUGUGUUUUUUCUUUGUCGAAGAUAUUUUCUCAAAUAAGAGUGAAGAAAUAAGAUCGUACCGGUAGUUCCGAGGCAAAACGUUAAAACGCUUUCCUCACUUUUUUUGAAAAAAUAGAAUGGAAAAAAUGAGGCCGACAUGAGAAAAAAACUCGCAAAUUUAGCGUCUUUUUCAAAAUCUCAAAAUAGGUCUUAUUUCUUCACUCUUAAAUCUUUGAAGCUGCGAUUUGUUUUGAAAAAGCACAUGGCUAAUGCUUAAUUUACCGUUUUAUCUUCCAUUUCCAGGGGAUCGAUUAUUUAUGUUAUUUUUAGCGCAAGCAAUGCGUCGUUCUAUCCUUAUGGAGUCCACAACUCUCAGAAUCGCCUCUGGAAUAGCACUAAUCCCGUGAAUUCUAUGGCGCUCAACUCCAACGGUCUGCCAAUCGAUUUGGAAAAUGUAAAUACGUUUGAAUCAAGCAACCUCGACUACGAUAUGGAAGCGGUUUUACGUCAUGAACUCAACUCGGCUAAUGGCCUCAGUUUUGAUUUGUAA